AAGCCAUCACCAUGGACAUGGACUUGAGCCCUUGAGCCAGUUAAACGGAGGCCUAUCCUUGCCAGCGCUCUCUGCAACAGUUUUGCAAGCAGUGGCUGAGCAUCGUAGUGCAGUUGUUUGGGGUAAAAUAGUUGCUUUAGCUUUCGUUUUUUUAAAGAUCCAUUUUUAGUCCGAGUUGAACUGCAGCGCAGACAUUCCAAAAAAGCAUAAACAUGCCGAAACAUGAGGCUGGAACACCGAAAGCUAUCGCUAACAGAAUAAAAUCAAAAGGACUCCAGAAAUUAAGGUGGUUUUGUCAGAUGUGUCAAAAGCAAUGCCGUGACGAGAAUGGCUUCAAGUGUCACACCAUGUCGGAAUCCCACCAGCGACAGCUCUUGCUGUUUGCGGAGUGUCCCGGCAAAUAUCUCGGCAGCUUUUCAAGCGAGUUUGCACAGUCUUUCCUUGAACUGCUGAAAAGAAGAUUUGGAACCAAACGAGUGCACGCAAACCAAGUGUACCAAGAAUAUAUUGCUGACAAGAACCACCUGCACAUGAAUGCAACACGAUGGCUCACCCUUACUUCGUUUGUCAAGUGGUUAGGGCGAGAAGGCCACUGUACGGUUGACGAGACAGAGAAAGGAUGGUUUAUCACGUACGUUGACAGAGACCCUGAGACCAUCCGAAGGCAAGAAGCAGUGGCCAAGAAAGAAAGGCUCGAUCUUGAUGACCAAGAACGUAUGUCCAGGUUUAUUGAGAAGCAGAUUGAGAGAGACAGAGAGCGGUUGGGAGGACCUUCUCAAGAUGUCGGAUACACAGAGCUCAAGAGGGAGGAUGAGGAAGAAAAGGUUGUCUUCAAGUUGCCACUGUCAUCCAAACCUAAGGAGGCUACUAUAAAGCAGGAAACCAUAAAACGUAAUUGGGACGAGACCACAGAAGAGCCUCGUAAGAAGAGGUCUCAGGAAAGUUCUUCCCACAAGUCAGCACUUGAGGAGAUAAUGCAAGAGCAAGAGAAAACACGUGAGAAACGCAACCGGAAAGACUACUGGCUCUGUCCGGGCAUUGUGGUCAAGGUGAUUGCCAAGAAAAUAGGCGAAAAGUACUACAAGAAGAAGGGAGUUGUGCAGGAGGUACAAGACAAGUAUGUGGCUGUAGUGCACAUGUUGGACAGUAGAGAUGUCCUUCGCUUGGACCAGGCUCACCUGGAGACUGUCAUCCCAAAUUUGGGGCGUCGCGUCAAAGUGGUCAAUGGGGCAUAUCGGGGUGAAGAGGCUGUGCUACUUGAAAUACAAGCAGACAAAUUCUCUGCCAAACUGAGCAUCGAUGCAGGACCCAUGCGUGGACGCGUCAUUCAGGACAUAGAGUACAAAGAUUUCUCCAAGCUUCAUGAAGGGUCAUGACACCAACGUGUAUUGAGGUCACUUCAAAAUACUAGAUCCUUUUGUCCUACA